GCUCGACCAAUUAACUCACCGUUUCAAUACGCAACAACUUCACUGUGCCGUCGUUAUUUUAUCUACGUUGCAAACGACGAAUCUUCCAACAUCUUCAAACUCGACCGAACCAAAAGCGAAAGUUACGCUUCUCAUAUUCAUAUUGAUGUUUGUAUGGUGAAAGUUUGCAUCGUGUCAUGUCAUCGAACAACGUGCGCUACGAUUCUUCAUCGUUGUUGAAGAAAAAGACUGAAACGGAGAAUAGAGAAGAGGAGGAACAAACAGAGGAGAAGGACCAAUGUCGAAAACCGUGGAGAACUUUGGACGCCCCUUUGGUCGAUCGCGACGAUAACUUAUACGUAGCUGUUCGUCAGAGCUUGCACAGAGUUAAUCGAGCUUCACAAAAUUCAAUGUCUCCGCUAAGAAUCGCUGAAACUGGGAAUAGAAGUGGAGUGUCGCAGGAGUCGAGCAUGGGAAGAUUUUCCACCAUAAAGGCGUUCUUUGAUAUGGGCCAGGAGGAGGGAACAAGGUACACAUGUAGGACCACCAUAAUGGGCAAGCUGAAGAGGACGCUGGAGUUGAGAAAACGAGGAACGAGUUCCAUGGAAUCGACGAUGAACGGUUUGAAGAAAGAUGUAAACGGCAAUAUAAUAUCAGACUAGAAGCGAACUACGAAGGGACUUGAAAGCUACUGUCGUUCUACGAUCAGCGGAAUAAAAUCAUCGAAGAGGAAACAAACUGUUCAAGAAUCUACCGCUGUUUUAUCGGAUAAUCCCCGCAAACGUGGGACGCGAGCAAAUUUAUAUUUUAAUUCCAUCUUUUGGUUGUUUCAUCGGGAAACGAUAUUGUGAAACCUGGAAAUACGAUGCAACACGAGCUGAUUUUUCAGUAUACGGUUAAAACUAUUUGCGGGGUUCAGACGAAAAAUCUUACAGGUAUACAUACUUUAAUUUGAGAAAACUAAUGUUAUUUUGGCUAGAGUUAUCGGAAUAUAAGCAUUAUUAUUUACAUUAUAAUAGGUAUAUUUAUUCGCGUUUUUGUUUUCUCAGCAGAAACAUGUAUUCUUCUUUGUUUUGCUUAAAGUAAUAGUGAACCGUUUUAUUAUUUUUCAUUAGUUGUUUUUAAGUUAUAACAAAAAUACGCUGAAGAGAAAUAUCGGGAAAAAGAAUUUCUGGUAUUUCUAGCGUUAAGUUCUUAAAUAUAAUAAAGACAUAUUAUCAUACGUAUUCAUCAAUAUUUGUGAAUCUACAGCAAAAUUGCCCAAAUAAAUACGGAUAUCGUGUAUUUAAAUUUAUAUGCCGGUUUUAGAAAAAUAUUCGCGCUUGUGCUAUUUUCUCACCGAUUGGUCAGGCAUUGGUCAACGGUUGAUUUAUUUACACGUUGCGAUUGUCCGCCAAUUCACAACUAGCUCGAUAAUAAAGUUGUCACGAUGAAGUUAACGAGAUAUGGCGAUGGAAUGAAAAUUAAGUAAGUUUUUCUGAGUAAGAUCUUGGCAACGGAAGAUAUUGAAUAAUAAAGAUGAUUUAUGACAUUGUGUAUGAUUUUAAUAAAUUUUCUGCGACUUUUGUAA